GAACUCGGGGAGGCGCGUAGUCCAGAAUCCGGGGCGGAGGACAGUCGCUUCCCUAGGAGGACGUGAAAACUCCCGGUAGCCACAGGUGCCACGUCCGGUGUCCUGGGAAAGUCACCAGUCAGCAGCGCAGCGGCGGGAACCGCAGCCCGGCGGCCCUGGAACCUCCCAGGUCUCACAUUGCUCAGCCAGAUCUGCUCACCUCUGAAGCAGAACAAAGAGCCCUGGAUGGUGAAGAGAGAGGAGACAGUAGCAAAGGACCCAGAAGAGUUCCAGUCUUUGUUCCUAAGACAGAAACUCAGAGAAGAGCAACAGGGAAAAUGGAUGCUUCUCCAAUAAAUAUUCCCCAGGGUCUGUUGACAUUCAGGAAUGUGGCUGUGGUCUUCUCCCAGGAGGAGUGGGAAUGUCUAGAUUCUUCUCAAAGGGCUCUGUACACAGACGUAAUGUGGGAGAAUUACAGCAAUCUAGUUUUUGUAGAGAACCAUUGCAUAUGUAAAUAUGAGAAGGUCUUGGAUCAAGGCUCAAAGCAUAUUGUCCACCAGCAUGUGUAUAUCCAAGAGAAGUCUCACAAAUGGUCUGACAAAAUGAUUCAUGAAUCCUCCCAAUGUAUUCCUUAUAAAACAAGUGAUACUACAGAAAACUGCCAGAAUUUCAGAAGUGGUAACCACAGGUAUAACUCUGUUGAGUCAUCAAACCUGAAGAGACAUGGAAGUGGGAACACUGUAGAACAACAAUACAAAUGUAAAGAUUAUGGGGAGUGUUUAAAUUUGUGUUCCACCAUUAGCCAGUAUCAAAGAAUCCACACUGGAAAGAAAGAACCCAAAAAUACAGAAUAUGAUGAAAUUCUGGACGUUAAACAUGAACUCACAUUGAAACAAAUCCAUAAUGGAAAGAAACCAUACCAAUGCAGGAAAUGUGGAAAAUGCUUCAGGACCUAUUUAAUCCUCAGUAGACAUCAGAGAACUCAUCCUGGCGAGAAACUCUAUAAAUUUAUAGAGUGUAAUAAAUCCUUUCUGCAUUUGUCACACCAGAAAGUACAUCACAAAAUCCAUUAUGGAAAGAAAACCUAUAAAUGUACAGAAUGUGGCAAGUGCUUUUAUCAUUCAUCAGGUUUUAAAAGACACUAUGGAAUCCAUGCUGGAGAGGAGACUUACAAAUGUAAAAAUUGUAGAAAAUCCUUUAUCUGUUCCUCAGGUCUUAGAAAACAUGAGAAAAUUCGUGGAAGAGGGAGGCCUUAUAAAUGUAAACAGUGUAGUAAGGCGUUCUAUAAAUUGUCACACCUUGAAUACCAUUAUAGAACCCACAGUGGAGAGAAACUUUACAAAUGUAAUGACUGUGGCAAAUUCCUUUCUACCUCCUCAGGUCUUAGAAAACACCAGAGAAUUCAUACAGGAGAGAAAAUUUACAAAUGUAGUGAAUGUGAGAAAUCCUUUACCUUUCGAACAUCUCUUAGACUCCAUCAAAGGAUUCAUACUGGAGAGAAACCUUAUAAGUGCAAUGAAUGUGACAAAUCCUUUAUCCAGAAAGUCAACCUUAGAACACAUCAGGCAAUUCACACAGGAGAGAAACCUUACAAAUGUACUGAAUGUGAGAAAUCUUUUACUGUUGGCUCAGGUCUUAGAAGACAUCAGACAAUUCAUACUGGAGAGAAACCUUACAAAUGUAGCGAAUGUGGGAAAUUCUUUACCAUUGUCUCAGAUCUUAGAAAUCAUCAGAAAAUUCAUACUGGAGAGAAACCUCACAAAUGCAGUGAAUGUGACAAAUGCUUUAUCUGGAAAGCUGAUCUUAGAACUCAUCAGAAAACCCAUACAGGAGAGAAACCUUACAAAUGUAGUGAAUGUGGCAAAUCCUUUUCCACUUGCUCAGGUCUUAGAAGACAUCAGAAAAUUCAUACUGGAGAGAAACCUUACAAAUGCAGUGAAUGUGAGAAAUAUUUUGUCCAGAAAGCCAACCUUAGAAGACACCAGAGAAUUCAUACAGGGGAGAAACCUUAUAAAUGUAGUGAAUGUGGGAAAUCCUUUAAUACUGGGUCAUAUCUUAGAACACAUCAGAAAAUUCACACAGGAGAGAAACCUUACAAAUGUAGUGAAUGUGACAAAUAUUUUAUCCAGAAAGCCAAGCUUAGAAUACAUCAGAAAAUUCAUACAGGAGAGAAACCUUACAACUGUAGUGAAUGUGACAAAUGCUUUAUCCAGAAAGGCAAUCUUAUAACUCAUCAGAGAAUUCAUACAGGAGAGAAACCUUACAAAUGUAGUAGAUGUGAAAAAUCCUUUUCCAUUGGCUCAGUUCUUAGAAAACAUGAGAAAAUUCAUACUGGAAGAAACCUUACCAAUGCACUGAAUGUGACUAAUCCUUUAUCCAGGAAGCCAGGCUUAGAACUCAUCAAAGAAUUCAUACAGAAGAGAACCUUAUAAAAGCAGUGGAUAAAGCAAAGUCUUUGCCAACCUCUCAGGUCUAAGAAAACAUAAGAAAAUUCAAACUGGAGAUCAAAGUUUCCAUAUUAAAUAAUGUAUAAAGCCUAUGCUUUUUAUCCAAGUUCUGUCAUUAUAGGUCACUGCAAGCUCCACCCUAGAGAAUCAUGAACAUGAGAAAUUUGUGAAAGCCUUUAAGUAAAGCUCAAAUCUUAGAAAAAUUCAAGACUUUAUACUGAGGAAAAAUUCUGGAACUGUGACAUUGUAGGAAAAUUUUUGUUAAAACAUUUUACUUUUUCAACCUCAAAUACUUCAUAAUGAAGACAAAAUGGAGAAGUCUAAAAAUGUGCUGUUGAGUAGCAGUUUUCUGGAGACUGAAGCAUUCCAUCCUGUGGGGAAGCUGAUUAGGACAAGAAAUAAACCAUUAAAAAAAAAGCUUCAAGAAGUUCCUGAAACUGACAGGAUUCACUAUGCUUAAUCCCAUGGAAGAAAUUUAUACCAUUCCUGCUGCUUAGAAGAGGCUUUGAUAAAUUAAGCCAGUAAGAUACAGUCCUCUUUAACAUGUAGGUAUGCCUACAGGUGUGUAGUAUGCUGUGACUGUCUACUGUUCAAAAGCUGUAUUUCACGUUGACUUGGAGUUUCAUGAUGACAACUGUCUGUGAGUAACUUUUGCUUUUGUAAACAGCUCCAGUUCCAUAUUUAUAUAAGGAACCCCAAUAAAGCCCAUUGGUUCAACAACAUGGAUUUCAGUGGCAAGCAUACUUGGUUCUCUUUUCAGUUCCCAUUUUUGACUAUGUGGGUGCAUAUGAAUGUUGUGUCUCUCCAGGAAAAAUCUCUCAUACCACAUGUGUUGAACCCAUUAAUUGUUCCUCCAAACUUUUACACCAGAAAAUCAAUGUUAGAACAAAAGCAUCUGAGUCAACUAAAGUGGGGAAGAUUGUUUUGCUCACUGCUCUAUGCUUACUACUAUAGUAGUACAUUGUCCCAUUGAAAGGGCUCAACACAGACAGAAUGUAGAGGCUUGGGGAGCCUAAGAAAGAAGCCUUUAAUGCAAGGAAGAGAGUGGCCGGUCUGCAGUGGGAAAAAUGAAAAUACAGGUACAAGCUUGUGUUAUUGACAGAUAUCAUCCAAACUGAGCUGUGUCCAUGCAUGAAUCUGAAGUCAUGUUUAGACUCCAUGAUUCAGUCAAACUCCAAUGACUCUCAGAAGACUGUUGUCCAUGGGUAAAUACUGAAUACCAUUGUGCUAUCCUUGUAUCCUGUUGUACCAUUCUAUAAGCCUCAGUAAAUGAAUCAAAUGCC